AGCAUGAGGUUAUCUGUCGUUUGUUCCCGACACGUCACCCUCGCCAAUCGUCGCGAAAACGCCAAAAGCCCUCCGAGAACGCGAAAACCCACCCAGAAUUGUCGCAGCAUACCGGUUAAUUGCUAUACAGUCUUCUACCUCAAAUUUGUCGAUCUAAAAUGUGAAAAAUAGUACUUCGACAUCUAAGAGGAACCAUGCUGUUUGUCUUGUGAGGAAAUAAUAUAACAGACUGAAUUUGCAACAGGGCUCCAUACAAGGCCGAUACAAUAAUUAUAUAUUAUAUUUAAUGUAUGGUAUUAUUAUAAUAUAUUAUCA